GUAGAAAAUAAACAAGAAAAUAAAAAUUCGCCGGUGUAAAAAUACUUAAAACUUUUAAAACUCCACAAUAAUCUACCUCUAGAAUCUAGAUUGAGCUAACGAAUUGAGAUUGGUAAAUUGAGUGCAACAUAUUUAAGCACAAUGUCUAAAGCAACAUUCAAAGGAUUUACUUUUAAGAAGCUGCAACCUGGAGCCAGUCCUUCACCUUUGCCAUUGUCAAGACCUAAUGUUUCUGGGGUUAUAACCCCUGCUCCUAUCUUUCAGACAAGUUCUAUAAAUAAAGUUUCCUCUCAAACUCCAGUAAUUCCUAAGAAUGAAUUAGUUCAAACUCCAGUUUCAUCUUUUGUAAAGAAUAGACCAGUCGCUGUGGCAGCCAUUAAGCCUCAAAGGCCAAAAAAUAGUACUGAAUCAUCUCAGAGUAAAAUUGUCUCGAAAAAAAUAUUGGAUGACAUACCCAUAGAGAUAUUUGAUGAUGAUGAUGACUUUGAACCUCCUUUAUUUUCACAAAAAACUCCAAAAUCCUAUUCAACUCCUGUGUCAGCUAAAUCUCCAAAACAGAAAUUAGGGGCAUUAAAUAUUGCUGAAGUUAUUCCAGCCACACCAGAAAAAAAGGAUAGUUUACCAUAUGCUGAAUCUGAUGAAGAACUUUGGCCUAAAGCAAAAAGACACCGUCCAAAUAAAAUAAUAGAUAGUGAUGAAGAAGAUGAUCCUCCCAGUCAACCAACUUAUCAGUUAUCACGCCCAGAACAAGUGAAUCAGCUUUCUGUAGCAGAAUCAGCAAAACCACUUUUAGACAUUUGUCAACAUCCUUUGCUUAAAAAAAUAAACUCUUCCAUGCUCACUGAAAAUGAAAUUUUUCAACUAAGAGACAUUCUUUUACAAGUAGUUGACGAAGUCUGUGAGAUUGUCUGUCAAAUCAAGACGGGUGACCUGAUGAAGUUUGUUUCCUCAAAUCAUGAGAGGCUUCAAAAGCUUCUUUUUGUGCGAAAGCAGAUAAAAGAUCUUGGAACUGUUGAUGUGGAGAAAGCUCUAAAAGAAGCCAACAAAUCCCACCCAAAAGUUUCAUCACAAGGCAGCCAUUCUGUAACCAGAACAGAUCAAAGUAUAAAAACUGGCACAGAAUUGAGACCCCCCAUCACACCUUUCAAGUUUCUGAACACUCGAGUAGAAGUGAAAUCAGACAACACAAACAGACAAGGGAAAACUUCCUCCACUCCUAGGGUCCCAUGUGGUGAUAGCUUUUUUGAAAACCAGUUUGAUUUUUCUGCAUCUUUCAAAAAUGAGUCUUCUAAUCUGAGCUUAAAUACAUCUCAGUCUUCCUGUGGGGUGAAAUCUAUGCAAGACAUGAACCAAAGCAUAGAUCUCUAUGAGCGGGACUAUGAAGAUGAAAUGGAAGCUGCAAACAUGAUAGAUAGGAACUUGUCCCAGAACAAAACUAACAGUAACAAUAUGAUGGAGAGGAACUUGUCUCAGAACAAAACUAACAGUAACAAUAUGAUGGAGAGGAACUUGUACCAGAACAAAACUAACAGUAACAAUAUGAUGGAGAGGAACUUGUCUCAGAACAAAACUAACAGUAACAAUAUGAUGGAGAGGAACUUGUCCCAGAACAAAACUAACAGUAACAAUAUGAUGGAGAGGAACUUGUCCCAGAACAAAAGUAACAGUAACAAUAUGAUAGAUAGGAACUUGUCCCCGAAAAAAGCACACAACAGUGAUAGUAGGCCCUCAGUUGGGCAGAAAGAAAAAUCAACUCCGUCAAAAAGCAAUAUGGUCAUUAAAAAGUCAGUAACGGACUGUGUUUCAAUUACAUCUAAUGAGGAUUUUAGUGAUUACUUAGAGACAUCUUUCAAACAAAAUGCUGAAGAUAUGGACUAUGUCCCUCAAUUCACUAAAACUGACCAUGAUGAUGGGGAAUCUCCAGAGUUUUCAGGCAUGAACUUUGACCACAGUUCCACCUUGUUGAACAUGUUUCAUCAAGUCUUUGGAUUGAAAGAGUUCAGACACAACCAGCUAGCCGCCAUUAAUGCUGCGCUUUUAGGGCAUGAUUGCUUUAUUCUAAUGCCAACAGGAGGAGGAAAAAGUUUGUGCUAUCAGCUUCCUGCUCUAGUUACAAAUGGUGUGUCUAUCAUCAUCUCUCCAUUGAAAGCCCUCAUUCAAGACCAGACACAACGACUCUUAUCUCUGGAUAUACCAGCAGCAUAUUUAUCUAGUGACGCUGACACCUGCCAAGCUCAGUCUGUUUACAAUGGGUUGUUUCAGAGAAGCCCUGCCUACAAGUUACUUUAUGUUACUCCUGAAAAGCUUUCAGCCAGUGAAAAACUUCUAAAUUGCCUUGACAAUCUGUUCUGUCGCAAACUUCUAACACGUUUUGUCAUAGACGAAGCCCACUGUGUUAGUCAGUGGGGGCAUGACUUUCGUCCUGACUACAAAAAACUGAAUGUACUGCGCCAGAGAUUCCCAGGAGUUCCCAUGAUGGCACUUACUGCCACAGCUACACCAAGAGUUCGGCAAGACAUCAUCCAUCAACUGGCUAUGACCAGUCCCAAGUGGUUUAUGCAGAGUUUUAACAGGCCAAACUUGAAGUAUACUUUACAAAAUAAAAAGCCAUCAAAUGCUACAGCUGAUGUCAUAGAAAUAGUCAAAUCUAAAUUUCCUAAAGAUAGUGGCAUCAUUUAUUGUCUUUCAAGGAAUGAAUGUGACAACGUGGCAAGUGAGCUGAGGAAAGCUGGCCUGCAAGCCGCUGCCUACCAUGCUGGUCUAGAUGACAAUGUCAGGGCCAUGGUCCAGGAGAAAUGGUUGAAUGAUGACAACUGCAAGAUCAUCUGUGCAACUAUAGCGUUUGGUAUGGGUAUUGACAAAGCUGAUGUGAGAUAUGUCAUCCACUACUCGCUGCCCAAGUCAGUGGAGGGCUACUACCAGGAGGCUGGGAGGGCAGGCAGGGAUGGCAUACUCUCAUACUGUAUCCUCUUCUACACCUACCAAGAUGUCAAGCGAUUACGGAGGAUUAUAGAAAUGGAUCAAAGUGCAAACUUUGAAUCCAAGAGAGUCCACAAUGACAACUUGUUUCGAAUGGUGAGCUACUGUGAGAAUGUGACAGACUGCAGGAGGUGUCAAAUCUUACAGUACUUUGGUGAAUGCAGCUUUGAUCGCAACAUGUGCGCCAGCAUCAAAGGAGCUCUUUGUGAUAAUUGUGAUAACAAGGAUUCAUUUGUUCAGCGUGACGUAACAGCAGAUGCCAAAGAAAUUGUCAAGUGUGUGAAAGAACUCAACUCAAACGGACGGUCAAACUACACGCUCAUCCAUUUUGUGGAGAUUUUUAAAGGCUCCAACAACACAAAAAUCCAAAACCUAGGACAUGCCAAGCUGGCACUACACGGCAGGGGUAAAGACUGGGCCAGAACUGAUGUGGAGAGACUGUGUCGCAAGAUGGUCAUAGAGGGCAUUUUAAAGGAAGACAUUCAUUACACUGCCCAGGAGCACGCAGUCAGCUACGUCAAACUUGGGCCACGGGCUAUUGACUUGAUGCAAAAUAAAUUAAAGGUGGAGAUAGCCAUACAAGGAGGACGGCGUCGUAUGGAUGUUGCUAAAGUUGGAUCUGAACCAAAGAACAGUCGGGAGAAAUUAGAAAUGGAGUGCCUCACUGAGCUCAGAGCUAAAGCCAAAGAAAUAGCUGCUGAACACAACAUAAAGAACUAUGCAGUCAUCUUCCCAGAGAGCGCUCUCAAGCAACUGGCCCAGCGCACUCCCAUCACACGGGAGGAGAUGAUAGAACAGAUUGACCACUUCAACGCCACCAUCAUAGACAAAUACCAGGCUGAAAGACUGCUGGAGAUAACUCUCAAAUACAGCAUUGAACUUUCAGCACUUAUUGAAGAUGAUAGUGAGGACGACACUAAUACAAAAGGAGGUGGUGGGGAGUGGACGUCCAGCUAUUUUGAAGAAACUUCGACUUCCAAAAGAGGGAAGGGACAAGGCAGAGGGAAGUUUGGGAAGAAGCAGUUUUGGAAGAAGGGCAAAGGUGGCACAAAAAGUGGUAAAGCUAAAAGCAGAAAGUCAACAGUGACUAGUGGGAAGGAAAGCCAAAAGAAAAAAGUUGACCUCUCCAGCAUGAAACAGUUUCACUACAACAAGGCAGCAACUGCAGGCAGCAGUUCCUCGGUCCCAAGAAAAGCUCAGCCAGUCACUAAGUCAACCCUUGGCCUGAUGCCAGCGCCCAAAGCUAGAUCCUUUUUGUCAGGCUCGUUUAUGGUUGGAUAAUUAACCUAAUCUCUUUUAAUAGUGAAGGAAGAAUUACAAUAAUGUGAAGCUCCCAAUUUAUAACACACACACAUGGGCAUUUUUUUCCUUCGGUUGAAUUAUUUUGCAUUUAAAUGGGUAUUCAAUUUGUUAUUUUUGUAAUUAUAUAUGGAUUUUACUGUGAAAAAAUAAUCUUUUAUUGUUGAUUGUACAAUAAAUAUUUUAAACUUCGUUGUAUUUUAAUGCAAAGGUUCCAGCAAUUUUAG